AUGCCUGAACAACCAAAGAGAAAGUUCAACCAUCAUCAUGCGAACAAAUCCCACAAAAAGAAGAAAAAAGAUGCUCCGAGCAAUGUGAUUGAAGCAGUAACACCAUUAGCACAUUUGGAUUAUGAGGAACAGCUGAAAAAGAAAGAAUUGGAAACAUUGGACUGUAUGAGAAACAUGUUUGCUGGUAUUAAAAAUGCUUUCUCAGAUCGUGGUGCCCUUCCCUCUUGUUUCAGCAAGGUUUUUGAAGAUGACAAGCUGAAGGGCGUUCAUUUAGAUUGGCAUGGAAUACUUGCAUCUCCGAAAACUGAAGGCUAUCGUAAUAAUUGUGAAUUUACUUGCGGUUAUAAUAGUGAAAAGAAGCCAUCUGUAGGAUUUAGACAAGGGCUUUACAGCCAAGGUAUUAUUAAUGUUGAGAGUCCUCAAGAAGUGAGAAUUGUUUCAGAGAGCGCUAAAAAAGCAGUUCAGAUUUUACAAUUGUUUAUUGAAGCUCACCAUGAUACCCACAAGUGUUAUGAUCAAACUACUCAUACUGGAUUGUGGAGGUUAAUGAAAGUUAGAGAAAAUGAAAAAGGAGAAAUGUUAAUUGUUGUUCAAGUAGAUCCAACACAUAUUUCAGAAAAAGAUUUGCAAUCUAUUGCUGAAGAACUUGUUGCACACUUUAAAUCGUUCGACAAAAAUUUUAACUCAACGGAUGAUUUAGCCAUUGACAUUAAGGGAUUAUUUUUACAGAAACAUUCAGGUGUAAGCAAUGCAGCUCCUACUGAUGCGCCAUUACAAUUGCUCUAUGGAGAGGAUUCUAUUAUCGAAGAAGUUCUAGGUUUGAAAUUUAGAAUCUCUCCAAUGAGCUUUUUCCAAGUUAAUACGAAAGGAGUAGAGGUUUUGUAUUCUAAAGUUAGAGAGUGGACGUUAGAGUCGAUGAAUUCUGAAAAAAAGAAAGAGAGAGUAUUAUUGGAUGUAUGCAGUGGAACUGGAACUAUUGGUUCUACGAUGAGCUCAUCCGUAGACAGAGUUAUUGGAAUUGAAAUGGUAGAGAGCUCCGUAAAUGAUGCUCGAAACAAUGCAAAGCUAAAUAAUAUUGAAAACAUCGUAUUUAUUUGUGGAAAGGCAGAGGAUACCAUUGCCACUAACAUGAAAGAGCAUCGAUUGAACUCUCCAGAAGUUGAAUGUAUUGCUGUGGUUGAUCCUCCUAGAAGUGGUUUACACAAAAAAGUUUUGGAAGCCUUGCUUAAGUCUCCAACUAUUGAAAAAUUAAUUUAUGUAUCCUGCAAUCCCAACACACUUGUUGAAAAUGCAGUGAGAUUAUGUAGCCCCUCUUCUAAUUUCUCUGGACGUCUACCUCCUUUUGUUCCUGUGAAAGCAGUUGCUGUUGACAUGUUCCCUCAUACUGAGCAUUGCGAAAUGAUUUGUGUGUUUGAGAGAAAAUUGGAGAAACAGUAA